ACACCAUUCGCCUUUCAUCUGCUGCCCGCGCUAUUAUCCAUUCCCACGGCGCCCAUGGCCACCACCUACCUCUCAAGCCUCCAGGCCGCCGCCACCAUCACUGCCGGCGGUGCUUCACCAAGGCCAAGAUCAAGAGUGGUGACAUGCCACGCCACCGAUUCGUCGGGCAGGCGAUCAGCCUGCCUGGGCCUUGGCCUCGCCGCCGCCGGCAUGCUCCGCACUGCGCCCGCCCGCGCCGCGGACACCGACGAGGACCCGGAGCCGGCCAACAACGGCUGGUGGCUCACCGAGUUCCCCUUGCCGGUGCCCAAGAUCCGAAACAAGGAGAUCAACAACGGCGAGACGGGCACACGAUCCUUCAUAAAGAACGGCAUCUACAUUGCGGACAUCGGGCCGAGCUUCGCGGCGCACGCGUACCGGCUGCGCAGCUCCGCCUUCGACCUCCUGGCACUGGAGGACCUGCUCGGCAAGGAGGCCUCUAACUACGUCAACAAGUACCUCCGGCUCAAGGCCACCUUCAUAUAUUACGACUUCGACAAGCUCAUCACGGCCGCCGACGCUGAUGCCAAGCCACCGCUCCUGGACCUCGCCAACCGCCUCUUCGACAGCUUCGAGAGGCUUCAGGCAGCAGUCACCACCAAGGAUGAUGCAGACAUAGGAUCCCGCUAUGCUGACACGAAGCUCAUCCUCCAGGAGGUUAUGACGAGAAUGGCCUAGGCAGGACAGAGAUUUCUCAAGACAACUGAAACUUCUACAUCAAACUUAAUCAAAUAUAGCCCCAGUUUUACUGUCAUGAGUGAUGUAUUUACAUUUGGUUAUAUUUUCGUAACAGUUCUGACAAAAAAAAUACAGUACAGAUAGUCAUUGAACAGAA